UGUCUUUUUGGUCCCACGUGGGCGAGCGAGUGAUGGCAGCGCUGGUUGUGUCCGAGGCAGCGAAACAGGGCGGCCGGAGAGGCCCUGGCGGAGGUCGGGCUGUCAGGGGCCGUUUGGCCAAUCAGAUCCCCCCUGAGAUCUUGAACAACCCCCAGCUACAGGCAGCUAUCCAGGUCCUGCCUUCCAACUACAACUUUGAGAUCCCAAAGACCAUCUGGAGGAUCCAACAAGCCCAGGCCAAGAAGGUGGCCUUGCAAAUGCCCGAAGGCCUCCUCCUCUUUGCCUGCACCAUUGUGGAUAUCUUGGAAAGGUUCACAGAGGCUGAAGUGAUGGUGAUGGGUGAUGUGACCUAUGGGGCUUGCUGUGUGGAUGACUUUACUGCGAGGGCCCUGGGAGCUGACUUCUUAGUGCACUAUGGCCACAGCUGCCUGGUUCCCAUGGAUACCUCAGCCCAAGACUUCCGGGUGCUGUAUGUCUUUGUGGACAUCCGGAUAGACACUGCCCACCUACUGGACUCUAUCCGUGUCACCUUUCCCCCAGCCAGUGCCCUUGCCCUGGUCAGCACCAUUCAGUUUGUGUCAACCUUGCAGGCAGCUGCCCAGGAGCUGAAAGCUGAGUAUCAAGUGAGUGUCCCACAGUGCAAGCCCCUGUCCCCUGGGGAGAUUCUAGGCUGCACAUCCCCCCGCCUGCCCAAAGAAGUGGAGGCUAUUGUGUAUCUUGGAGAUGGCCGCUUCCAUCUGGAGUCUGUCAUGAUUGCCAACCCCCAUGUCUCCACUUACCGGUACGACCCAUACAGUAAAGUCCUGUCCAGAGAGCACUAUGACCACCAGCGUAUGCAGGCUGCUCGUCAAGAAGCCAUAGCCACAGCCAGAUCAGCUAAAUCCUGGGGCCUUAUUCUGGGCACUUUGGGUCGCCAGGGCAGUCCCAAGAUCCUGGAGCACCUGGAAUCUAGGCUCCAAGCCUUGGGACUUCCCUUUGUGAGGCUGCUGCUGUCUGAGAUCUUCCCCAGCAAGCUUAGCCUACUUCCUGAGGUGGAUGUGUGGGUGCAGGUGGCAUGUCCACGUCUCUCCAUUGACUGGGGUACAGCGUUCCCCAAGCCACUGCUGACACCUUAUGAGGCGGCUGUGGCCCUAAGGGACAUUUCCUGGCAGCAGCCCUACCCGAUGGACUUCUAUGCCGGCAACUCCCUGGGGCCGUGGACGGUGAACCAUGGGCGGGACCGGCCCCAACAGGCCGGUGGUCGACUAGUACUAGGGAAGGUACAGGAGGAGUCCAUGAACCCCUCUCCAGCCGUGGCUUGCGAGGAUUGCAGCUGCAGAGACUAGAAAAUGGCGCCACACGCUCCUUGAGACGUUCCUGGUUCCAGGAGAGUAUGCGUCUGGCAAGCAGAUUCCCCGGAGCCAUCACCCUCACCCACUCUGGUGGCCACUUUAUUCCAGUGUCUGCACCCCAGCGCCAGGCCUACCUCAAGUUCUUGGACCAAUUUGCAGAGUG